AUGCUUCCUCUCUUCUUCAAAGUACUUCCUCUCUUGAUCAAGAUGCUCCUCUCUUCAUCAUGCAGCUUCCUCUCUUCUUCAAAGUGCUUCCUCUCUUCUUCAAAUACUUCCUCACUACAUCAUGCAGCUUCCUCUCUAAAUCAAAGUACUUCCUCUCUUGAUCAAGAUGCUUCCUCUCUAAAUCAAGAUGCUUCCUCUCUUCUUCAAAGUACUUCCUCUCUUGAUCAAGGUGCUUUCCUCUUCAACAAAAGUGCUUCCUCUCUUCAACAAAGUGCUUCCUCUCUUCUUCAAAGUACUUCCUCUCUUGAUCAAGGUGCUUCCUCUCUUCAUCAAAUGCUUCCUCUCUUCUUCAAAGUACUUCCUCUCUUGAUCAAGAUGCUUCCUCUCUUCAUCAUGCAGCUUCCUCUCUUCUCAAAGGGCUUCCUCUCUUCUUCAAAGACUUCCUCACUACAUCAUGCAGCUUCCUCUCUAAAUCAAAGUACUUCCUCUCUUGAUCAAGGUGCUUCCUCUCUUAUCAUGCAGCUUCCUCUCUUCUUCAAAGUACUUCCUCUCUUGAUCAAGAUGCUUCCUCUCUAA